UAUUAUUCACAAUUAAAUGAACUACAAAUAGUUGUAUGAAGAGAUGGCUCAAAAGUAUCAAUAAAUGGAAGAAGAAUAUAAUUAAUUUGUUGAGGAAAGCCAAGCUUUGGAAGAUUAAUAAUAAAAGAAUAUUGAAUCAUUAAAUAAAUAACUUGCUUAGACUUAGAAUUCUCUUCUACAACAAAAAGAAGAAACUCAAAAAGCUAGAGUAAAUAUUAUUUUUAUUCUUUAGAAUGAAUUGUAGUCAAUUUAAAAUCAAUUAGAAAAGUAACUAAAUAAAAAGGAAGCAUAAAUAGUUGAAUUACAAAAAACUCUGCAAACCUAUAAAAUGCAAGUUAUUGAUCUAGAAGUUGAUUAAGAUUUGAAUAACAGCAAAAUUAGGUAUAUUUCUCUAUUAAAUUAAGACAGCUAGAAGAAACAAAUAAAGACUUAGAGGUGAAAUUAGAUAGAGUUCUCGAACAAUUAGCAUUGGCACAUACUGAUUUAGAUGCUAAUAAAGCUUAAUCAUAAGAAGAUAUUGAACGGCUAAAAUAAAAACUAAAAGGUAUUCAAUAUUAUUAUAUUGUUAGAAAAUGAAGAUGAAUUAACUGCAGCCAAAUCCUCUAAAAUACAUAUUACAACAACACCAGAAAUUGUUAAAAUGCCAAAAAUUGAUUCCUUAAGAGCAAAUGCAGCUGGAUUCAAUAAAAGUUUAACUCUUAUUCAAGCAUUAAUCAAAGAUCUUGAUGAUAAAAUGUCCUUAAUCAGAAAUCAAAAGUCAUGACGAAAUUUAUUUAUU